AUGGGCAUCUCGGACAACGAUGUGCAGAAGCAGCUGCGCCACAUGAUGGCCUUCAUCGAGCAGGAGGCCAACGAGAAGGCCGAAGAGAUCGACGCCAAGGCCGAGGAGGAAUUUAACAUUGAGAAGGGACGUCUGGUUCAGCAGCAACGAACAAAGAUCAUGGAAUUCUACGAGAAGAAGGAGAAGCAGGUCGAGCUCCAGCGCAAAAUCCAGAGCUCCAACUCGCUGAACGCCGGCCGUCUGAUGUGCCUGAAGGCCCGCGAAGACCAUCUUCACAACGUGCUCGAGGAGGCGAAGGCCAACCUUUCAAAGAUCUCAGGCGACACCGCUCGCUACCCGUCGAUUCUCAAGGGACUCGUCAUGCAGGCUCUCCUUCAAAUGCUGGAGAACGAGCUGACGCUGCGCUGCCGAAAGCAAGAUGAGCACCUGGUUGAUCAGCUUCUUCCCGAAUGCCUGGACGCCUUGGAAAAGCAGUGGGGCAAACGAUCAAAGGUCAACGUUGAUCGCCAGCACUACUUGCCAUCGGAGUCGGCUGGAGGAGUCGAAGUGAGCGCAAAGGGAGGCAAGAUCAAGGUCUCGUCGACCCUAGAAAGCCGCUUGGACCUGAUCGCUAACCAGAUCGUGCCUCAAGUUCGCACCGCUCUCUUCGGGCCCAACCAGAACCGCAAAUUCUUCGAC